GAGAGGAGCCAACUCCACUAUGCUCUUGGUGAACAUCUGUUUGUGCAUGACCACCUACUACCUGCUCUUCAUUUUUGGGAUCAACAACCCGGUCCAGAACUCAAAGGCUUCUGUUUCAGAGCAUAAUAUUAUUCCUUCUUCAGAUGUGCAGGAGAAUGUCGAUCAGGGUCCUUGUACAGCAAUCACAGCUCUGUUGCAGUACUUCCUGCUGGCCACGUUUGCCUGGAACAUCCUGUAUGCAGCUCAUGUGUUUUUCCUCAUUAGAAAUGCCCUCAACGGUCCACCCCGAGCUUUCCGCACCAUCGCCAUGACAGUCGGCUGGGGUCUGCCUGCUGUUAUUGUUGGCGUCUCACUGUCCACCACCUACAGCUUUAGGGACCCUUUAGGUUAUCGACAAGAGCAGUUUUGUUGGUUGGCGUCUCUGGACAAGGCGGGAAGGUUUGAUCCGAAGCGGCCGAUGUUGUGGGGUUUCUUGCUCCCUCUAGCGGUCAUGUUGUGUUUUAACACAUCUCUGCUUGUCUACUUCUCUCAAACCAUCUGCUGUGUGAGUCCCAACCUCAAGAGCUCACGAGGGAUUUCUAUGAAGAAGAAGAUUUUGAGUAGUUUCUCUCUGGCUGCGGUGCUCGGUUUGUCCUGGAUCGUUGGUUACUUUGUGCUCAUCACUCAUGAAAAAACACUUUACAUCAUUCUCAGUGUGGUCUUCUGUCUCUGCAACACGACACAGGGUUUUCAGAUUUUCCUUUUAUUCACACUGCAGUCUUAUCUCAGGACAAGGACUCGACAAAAACAGGAUUCUGAUGCUGAAUCAGUGGGGGAGCCUUUUGCUGCCUUCAUGUUCUAUUGGAAUUAUCGUAAAUACGAGUUUCCCAAUUAGAAAAUAGACAUGAAUGCCUCUGAAGUUAUAUUUAUUACUGGGAAAUUGGGAAAUAAUUUUUAUACCAGAUUUCCCCGAGUUGGGCGGGUCAUAAUCUUUAUACAUGGUGGAGGGGACAACCAUGGCUGCUGUAAAUGCUUUUCUCACAACAACUACGUAACUUUGUCUUGAUGCUAAAAUAGUGUAUUUAUAGGCUAGAUAUGAAUGAUCAUUCGAAGCAUAUUGUAUGUGUUAUAAGGAGUGAAAGAAGCAUGUAUUUGACCGAAAUCCCAGAAUUGUCAGCAAACUGCAUAAGUAGUGCACUGGAUGCUUAUGAUAGUCAACUAAUGGGAUGCUACAUUUUAUGCUUUCCGACAUUAAAGCUCUUUAAUACGACAAGCUCAUAGUCCCGACUUCAAGUGGGAAGUGGGAAAUGGGAAAUUUCCGAUAGCAUGUGAAGGCAGCAUAAAAAAACCAGACAAUCAUAUACAACACUUAUUAUUAUAUUUUUAUUUAAACUACUGUA